AUAAAGAGUUAGUUAUCUGCUGAGAUUGAAUACGAAAAAAACGCGUAAAAGUGGAGUAGAGAAACAAAAUUAAUAAUGAAUAUCCAAGUUCUAUUAUUAAUGAUACUGACUCUAUGUGCUGCUCGAAUAAGUGCUGCGACAGCAAGACUGGUCGGUGGUAAAGAUGCACCAACUCAUUUUGGAAGGUUCCAUGCCUCACUUCAAAACUUUACUGGGCAUCAUGUGUGUGGUGGAGUGAUUGUAUCACACCAUCACAUUGUUACUGCUGCCCAUUGUGUUCUUGGAGCCGAGCCACAGUAUAUUAAAGCAGUUGUUGGUACUACAAAUUUAGAUUAUGGAGGUCAACAUUACGAUGUUUCUUCAAUAUACAUCCAUGACGAAUAUAACAUAACUUCAAGAAUAAAUGACAUAGCCGUAAUCAAGGUUAUAGGACAAUUCAACUUAAGAUACGUUGACAUACUGACUUUUUAUGAAAAUGAGUUGGAAGAAGGAGACCAAGUGAUUUUAUCUGGUUUUGGUGCAGAAAUGCCAAAUGGGGAGUCUAGUCGUACGAUGCAUGUACUUAACCUACCAGUAUUCAAUCAAGAAACAUGUCGAUAUGCUAUGCGAUAUUCAAGAGAAGUCACUGACACAAUGUUUUGUACAUUCACUCAAAUUGGUGAAGGAACUUGUCAUGGCGACUCAGGAGGACCACUAAUUAAAAAUUAUCAAUUGGUUGGAUUAGUGUCAUGGGGUAUUCCAUGUGCAGUCGGUUUUCCUGACGUGCAUACACGGAUAAGACCUUAUGUGAGCUGGAUAGAAGAACAAAUAAAAUAAUGCAAAAAUGCAUUACACUAAUACAUUUUAGUGCAUACAGUUUACAGGUUUACAUAAAUUUUAUACGUUCACGAGUUAACAUUUCAAAAUCAUUUGACCAUAAACAUCAGCAGCUAGACUGUCAAAGCAAUGCUGAUGGCGAAAUUACAUAACUCAUUUCCUAAAUAUACUGAACAUAAUUAUAAUUAUAGAGUCGUUAAAAUAAGCCAGAAAAUUGGCGGUAAAAGUUUUAUUUAAUCAAACAAAAACCCGCGCGGAUUUUGAAACUUAAUUUGAAGAAAGACAGUUACUUUGCUAUCUAAUAACUUUAUCUGUCGUCUUUUUGUUACUGCCAAAUAAAUUAAUUAUACCUUG